UUGUUUACAAAUGUGAAUAAAGACAUUCAUCAUGGUCAUUUCAACGUACUAUCGUGAACACACCCUUUUUAUUAGUAGAUUUAACUGAAAAAGUUGUGGUUAAAAUAUGUAGAGGAUGUGUGUAAUAUUAAACAAGCACUGGAGAAUGGGACAGUUAGCUCGAGAUGCUCCAGCGGGAGGAGGUGUGUGUGGUCUGGACAGCAGCCCACGAAACACUCGCUGUUCGCCUCAAAGACCGCUGAAGACAUUUCAAAUAUUUCUUUGCCAGCUUUCAUUACGGGACUUAUCGGGCGGGAUAUUAAUCUGUAUUGCGUUAUUGGUGUGGACACGCUCUUAAGGGUUUCUAAAGAGCAUUAGAGACGGAAAUGCAUUUAAACAUCUGUGUGGAGUGUUGCCUUGCUAUUAUAUUUAUUAUUUUAAACAUCACUGUCAGUUGUCAAAAAGUGGAGCCCCCUGAAUGCAGCCGUGGGGGUUAUACUGUUCUUCAGAGCCCGUACCGAAGCACCAGGUUCAGCUCACAGCAGCUGCUCCAGUCUGCCCUGCAGGAGCUCAUUUGUGAUCAUUCACUCUCUCCCGGAUGGUAUCAGUUCCAGAUCUUUGAUAAGCCGGCCCGUAUGCCCACCAAAUGUGUGGAGGUGAAUCAGUGUGGAACACAAGCCCCAGUGUGGCUCUCCUUGGCCGAGGGAGAGACUCUCCCACGCCCUCUAGAGGUGAAGCAGAUGACGGCCUGCGCUACCUGGCAGUUCCUCGGCAGCGGCAGUAAAGACUGCUGUCUUUUUCGCCUGCCUGUCACCGUACGCAAUUGCGGGGAAUUUUAUGUGUACUUGCUCCAACCAACGCAAGGAUGCAUGGGAUAUUGCGCUGAAGGCAAGUCAAUGAACCUCACUGAGCAGGCCUAUUUUAAAUGUUAGUAUGAUUAUCCUUUGGUUCUGCAUCAUGCAUCCCAAAGGCUGUAAAAAAUCAGACAGAAAUCAUCCUUUUCAAAGUAAAAAGCAUAAAGGAGUUCAAAAAGAGAGUCAUCAUUACAUUUUAUUAUAUUCGCAGAGAUGUCAGAAUCCAAUCAAACCAGCUGUGAUGGGAGACAAAGGAAUAGUGAUGGAACCUGCAAUGGUAAGUAGUUCAGACUUGUCCACCAAUAUUAUAAAACUGCAUCUUUGAAACUAAAUAAUCUAAAUAAAAUAAUUUAACAUAUUUAUUUUUAAUCACUCUUUCUCACCAAAUGAUUUUCCAGAGCUUGCAAAACCAAUGCUUGUGAAAUAUAGUAAAAUGAACUGCUGCAUAUUAUCUGAAAGGUUUCCCAGAGUUCUUUGUCAUGCAGGCACCAGAACAGUUUAGAGCUGGCAAUCAUAUGGGACGUCCCUGCCCCCAUGUUAUCCUGCUAAUGAAUCUAGCAGCAGUUCAUGUAUUUUUGUUGUUUUUGUGUUUUAACUGUGGCAUGGAGCGUCAUCUUGGCAGCUGUUAACAAGUGAUCCUUCUCCUGGUCUUAGGCACCCAAACUUUUCCUUCAAGUGGAAUCCUUCAACACACUUACUUUAGAAGUGUCCCCUUCAUCAGGCAUCAUAAAGCAUGUCUUGGAAGUGAAAGAGACAUGAUGAUUAAGAGUUUGGCCUGAAAUCUGGGUCUUGGGUCAUUCAUUCCUUUGGACUUCAUGUUUUAAAGCUGAAGCAGCAGCAAACAUUCUUAAUUUCAGACAAAAUGGCAUUUUGCGUUUUGAUGUGAAUAACUACAGACGUACAGCAGGGUCACCAAAUCCGACUGGGCAGCAUUAGAGGUUGCUGGAAUCUGUUACCCCCUCUGUUUCACACAAAAUGGCUUUAAUAUUUUCCAAAUUCACUAUGGUGAUGCCUAAACUGCUCUGUUUCACACUUUAGAAAGCAUGCAGAAAGCGGGUCACCAAAUUCAACAAGGCAGCAUUAGAGAUUACUGAAAUCUGUUACCCUCUGGCUUUAACGACUUUUAUGUUCUCCGAAUAUUUAUAAAUACAAAUAUAUGUUUAGAUAUUCUAAGUAUAUGGUUUGAAGUAUACAUUAUUUGUAUAUUUAUACACUGCCCAGCCCAAAAAAAAGGUGCUGUUUGGAUUUUAAUAGGCAAAUGAUUAGAUCA